AAUAUUCCAUUUUAGGAUAAAGAGAAUGACCGGGAUCGGAGGGUAAACACUACAGUCGGAGUCUCUCCUGUCGGAGGAUCUUGGCUGCGGAGCUGCCGAGCAGCUGGGUGAGACAUCGGCCUCUGGCUGCACCAUCAGUGGUUGUAAUACCAGCAUGCAGCGGGUGCUUUCACUACUGACUAGGCCUAUCUCUAUUAAAUGUGACUAGGAAUUGGUGGUGCCUUUUGGUAUAUGUUGGGGAAUCAGGAAAGAUACAAGGAAUUGAGAGCUGACACGAUGUACAAUGGAAAGAAGCAAACUGUAGCCUCAACAUCAGAACUGGGUUUAACAAUGAGAUUAAGCUAUAACUUGUUACCCGAUGUUCAUGGUGAUGCAGUGAAUGACGAGCUCUUAGAAGCUCUCCGUCAGUGCUUACAAGAGGUCAGCAGACAGCGUCUACGCUCUAUUCUCAUCUCGUUCCGUCGUCAAGCCAAUCAGGAAAAUUGCCUGGCACUCAAAGAUCUCAUCAGUAUACUUAAUGAGAACAAGGUGAAACUACGAAGCCGUACAACAAAACUACUUCAGACAAAGUUCAACAAGAAGCAUGGGUUGGACUACGAAGCAUUGUGGAAAAUUAUGGUAGAAGCACAGUCAAGAACAGGUCGAGACAGUGUGCUAGCGAUGCAUGGUAACCGAGAUGCUCAGGGAACAUCAGGUAGCCACCUUAGUAGUGCUAUCAGUGAUGCCCAAGACAAGGAACUACUAACUAAGCUUCACAAGGUCCUACAGACCAGUGGUGGCUUUGAUCUGCAGGAGAUGAGGACUAAGUGUAAGAGCAUUGAUGUCACACAACAUGGUCUGAUUCCAAAGAAAAAGCUUCGUAUGAUCUGCAGUGAGUAUCACCUACCUGUUGUUGGACCUCUGUUAUCAACGCUCAUGACUAGAUGUGAUGAUGAAAAGAAUGGCAACAUUAGCUGGCCAGAAUUCAUGUCUUUGCUGGAGAAAGCAGUUAAUUUCAUGAACAGUGCUCCACCACCAGGCAGACCUAAAUCAGUGGCAUCAUCACAGAAAUUCAUCUCUCUCUCGGGCAGUGUGAAUGAUAGUAAUUGUGUGGUCAAGAAUAACACUAGUAAACCAGAACCUGUGAAGAAGGAGAAAUCUCCCCUCAGAAAGCAGAAGAGUGUGACCUUUGACUCCAAAUCAAACCUGCCUUCUGUAGAUAGCGGUGUGUCUCUUGCAGUAGGCCAAAGUUUUGAGACAAUGGGUGAUGAAGAUAUGGAGAAUGACUUCCUGCACUCUGAACAGAGACGAAUUAGUGGCCCUUCAAGCGAUUCCAUGCCGUCAGCCACCACCAGACUUAGGCAAGAAGCAUCUCUGAGCAUCUCGGAGGUAACCAAGCUAAAGGCCAGUAAGGAGUCUAUGCAGGAGAAGAAGCCCAAGGCGGAUCUUUCAACACAAUCUCUCCCAUCUCCUCCGACGCCUUCAUCGGGUAUCACUAAGAAGCAGACUAGACCAUCUACAGGUAGAGUUCAGUCAGCUAAACCUAAACCAACCAACAACAGACCAACAAGCAGAGCAGCCUUGCGGAGUGCUAAGAAGGUCAAAGUACUAGAGGGUGUAGCAAAAUCUUCUCCAAGAGGAUCAUCAGGGACAAGCGCAAAGAGCAAGGAAAAGAUAGCAAUGGUUGAGAAGGUUUAUAGUCCAGAACCAGGAAAAGAAAACAAGACUAUUAAAACAGAAGUAGAAUGCAAAGAUGAGAAUGUUUCCCUAAAUCAGUCAAACAAUUCCACUACUUCUGCUGUAACAACCAUAACUACUGCUGGAAACAGUGACAGUACCAAAGAUUUAGAUCCUCAAAAUGUGACUAGUGAGGAUCAAGACAGAAGCACAGAGAAUCCUGAGGGUGACGGCAUAACCCAGGGGGACCCAGAACAGACUGCAGAGCAGACAUCCUCAAACUCCACCCUGCAAAAGAGUGCAUCAAGCCCCAGCAUUGCAUCCACACAAAUCAGUCAUGUCUCACAGGACUCACAAGAUUCUCAUACUUCGUCGCAAGAUCAGAGUGUUGAAUCAGGAAUAGCAAGUCAGGUUUCUCAAGACUUGUGCUCACUACAGUCCAUACCAGCUUCUGACCAGCCUCUUAUUACUGCAUCCAAAAAGCCAGCAGCAGACUCACGCUCUGUCCGCUCCUUUGCUAGCAGCAUGGGGGAGGACAAGAAAAAAAGCAUGGGUUCCACUCUCAUGCAGUCCUUCAAAAGCCUCAUCAAGAGAGGCAAGAAAGAAGAAGAAGAAGGAGAAGAUGGAGAGGAAGAAGAUGAGGAGAUGGAUGAAGAAGAAGAAGAGUUACUCAUGCUUGGAGGAGGGGAUGAAGAGGAGGAUUAUGAUGAGGAGAAGUUUGAUGAUAUGGAAUAUGAAACUGAAGAUUUGGGAGCAGAAGAUCAGAAUGAGCUUGAGAAAGAGCCUGAGGAAGCUGCAGAUAAAGAGAAUAUGGUGGCCCAAAAUCCCAAGCCUCAGGUCAAUAAACUAGAGGUCAUAGUUCAAGGGAAGGAGGUCACGUAUUACAUACCAGACAAAUAUUCAAAGACACACUGUGUUCCUGAUCCACCAAAUGCAGACUUACAACUUGACUGGGUGUAUGGCUAUCGUGGGAAUGACUGCAGAGGAAAUCUAUUUGAGGUGUCUGAUGGAGCAGAGAUCCUAUACUUCAUGUCUAACAUCGCUAUUGUGUAUAACCCAACACUCAUUACUCAAAGGCACUACACCAAACAUACAGCAGAGAUUCGCAGCAUGCAUGUGCAUUCAGAUAACAUCACUGUGGCAACUGGGCAAGCAAAGGGAAUAGCAGGGUCAGAAGUCAAGCCUAUGGUUCACUUAUGGAAGGUGGAUACACUAGAUACUCUGCUGGUCUUUGAUGAUGACUUUGAGAAUGCUAUCAUAUGCCUGGCUUUUUCACCACUGCAAGACUACCUUUUAGCAGUUGAUCAGAGCAGUAAUAACACACUAUCAAUUUGGAAUUACAAGACGGGCAAAAAAGUGACAUCAAGUUCUUUGAACACAACGGUGGUAUGUCAGGCAAGCUUUCAUCCUAAGGAUCCCAAUAAGAUAGUUAGCAUUGGUAGAGAGCAUCUAGUCUUCUGGGAGCUCAAGAAUGGUGUAGAAGAUGGAGUAGAGAUGAAUAUUGAACAGACUAUGGCAGCAAACUUUGAGAACAACAUGAAAGCGAAGUAUGUGAUCAGUAUGUCAUUCCGUGCCAAUGGUGAUCUAGUAACUGGAGAUUCUAAUGGGACUAUCUAUGUCUGGCCAUCUGGUGGUAACACUAUCUCACACACUAUCAAUCAUGCUCAUGAGGGUCCAGUGUUCACUUUACAGAUGAUAGGUAAGACUCUGGUAUCAGGUGGUCGGGAUGGAUUCAUGAGAUGCUGGACAUUAGCAGGCAAAGGUGCAGACUCUAAUGGUAAACUACGGAUACCAAAGCAAGAAGGAGGUAUUCGUACAGUACUACAUACAGGAAGCAAAGUUUACAUUGGUACCACGAUCAACUCACUCUUACGUGUCGACCUAAAGGAUAAUACAUUCAGUGUGACUGGAGAGGAGAUUACCAAUUGUGUCACACAAGCUCACUAUGAAGAGGUCCACUGUAUGGCUAUUUUAGCGGACGAUCAGUUCUUGACUGGUAGCUAUGAUGGUACUGUGUCUCUCUGUAACUUCUCUGACCGUCGUCCACUCUGGAGAUACAUGGUCAAAGGGACUAACAUCCACUGUAUGGAUGUCCACCUGGAUACAGGUCUGGUUGCCUUGGGAACCAAGGAUGCCAAAAUGGGUAACAGUGUUGUUGUUUUGAUGCUGGGUCAAACAGCAGAGGAUACUGAAGUGAAUCGUUUCAAGCUUGGUAAAGGAGCUGCUUGUUGCCUCAAGAUAUCACCAGAUGGUGAAGUGAUUGCUGUGGGUUGCCAAGACAACCAAAUUCUCCUCCUUCAAACUCACAACAAAGGCAGCACUCUAGAGAUGAUUGGCAAGUUCACAGGUCACAGUGGACCAAUCACGGGACUAGAUUGGUCCAAGGACAAGGUUGGAGAGGCAGAGCCUAGCUAUCUGGUUCAAAGCAGUUCAGACCAGAUGGAAUAUCUGAUAUGGAAUAGUAAGACCUUUGAAGCCGCUGAAAACCUUGAGGAAGUCUGGAAUGUUGAAUGGUCAUCGCAGCAAUGCCUCAUGGGAUACCCGGUAGCAGGUAUCUUUGGAAAGGAAGAGGAAGGACUUCAACAUGCCUCGGUUGAUGUCUCUCAAGUAGACUGCCCUCUAGUGGUGGCAGGGGGCUAUGAUGGACAAAUUCGUCUCUUUGUAUACCCUUGUACUCACCCCGAGACUCAGUACAAGCAGUUUGCUGCCCAUCCUCACUGUGCUGUAUGUGUAAGGUUUGCUAGCUCUUCUGAACAAUACCUCCUAUCUGUUGGAUCCAAAGACUACACCGUCUGCCAAUGGAAAAUUUCCUCUGCCAAGUAGUGAUUCUACUAGGGUUUACCAGUUUCAUGCAGUCUAAAUUCUUAGCUUGGAUACAGAAGAUGAUGCCACAAGCCCACAUUUGCUAUGUUACAAGAUGAGACAUCACUAGCUCUGAAGCUUUAGUCUCUUUCGAGGUUGGGUAGGUGUCUCCUGCUUCUACUAUUAAAGACCGUUGUAAGUUAUAGUGAUGAAAUUAUAGUGUAGCGAGUUUGGAGACAAAACCCUUACUCUGUUUUGAAGAUAAGUUGAUGUACAUAAAACUAAACCCACUUUCAUUGAGAAAAGUGAAAAACAGUCCCAUGUGGAUGAGGUUAGAGCUAGGCUAAAGCUUCAGGACUAUAUGCUUUAUAAUGUGUUUACAUUAAGUAGGUGAGUGGCCGAAUGAUUGUUGAUGGUAAAAGUAUGUAGUCCUCUGUUGUUGAGUAUGUGAAUAUUCACUCACAUGGGUAGUAAGUCGGUAGUAUGUAGUAAGUCGGUAAGUCGGUAUUGGUAGUAAGUCGGUAGACAGGGUUUUUUUUCUCGGUGUAUAAUGAUAAAAUUGUGUGUUAGUUUGCAUGGAACAGACAAGUAGGAAAGAAAGAUAAACUAUCAGAGUAUACUUUUUUUUGAACAAUUCAAUUGAGAAGAGAAAGGGGGUGGGAUGAAGUUUAUAGUUUUGCCAAUCAUCUGUAGUUGAAGUUGAAGAUUUGUCUCGGUUUAUAGAAGUCAUGUGAAGUCACAUGGCAUAUACAUGCAACCCCUCGGUGCCAUUAUAUCUAUUAAUGAGUAUUCAAAUUAACUUUAAGGUUCACACCUUGAAGAUCGAUUGUUUUUUAAAUUCCAUUAUGCAUACAAUAUUUUCCACAGGAAUGAAGUUUUACAAUGCAAAUGCCUGUCAUUUUAAAAUUUCAGGCAAAGAAUUAUUGUGAAUACAAGAAAGAAUUUAAUGAAAUUCAUGGGGAAUGUAACUAUUUAUCACAUUGGCAGUUUGAUGGAGGAAACGUGCAAUAUUAUCUCUACCAUGAAAACAAGAAGUUUUUACUUUAAGAAAAAAAGAUUACUUGGCAAUGGUUGAUAUAUAAGAAUCUGCAUGUAUAUUUAUUUUAUGUUGAUGUUAAUUGGUAUUAUUUUGUAAAGUCUGUUUUAGAGAUAAUGUCAUAAUCAAAAUUGUGAAAAUAUGUUUCAACAUUGAUAUUAUCUGUGAAAUAUUGUCACAGAACUUUGUUUUUAUAAAUGGCUACAUGUAGAUGUACAUGCAUCAUCUUUUAGAAUGCUUGUCUCUUGGAGCUAUUAUAUCAUUUUGUAAGUACUGGUUUUUAAACAUUUAAGGUAAACGCUCUCGCCGGUCUCGCCUGCAUCACGCAAUUCGAUAUGAUGAAAAAUUGAGGUUGGGACAUUAUUUCUGGAUUAGGAUGGCCCAUUAACAGGCCCCAUAAACUGAAAUCCUCUGAAUAUAAUCAGCAUUUUGAAGUGUAUAUUGAUGAAGAAUCAUUAGAAGAAUGAUUUACUAUUAUUUGGAACAAGAUUGAUAAAUUUAAUGAAAUAUGAACAAAUAACAAAAAUGGAUUUAUUUAUUCUCAUAUUAAGUUGUGAAAACAUAAUCCAAAUCUACUGACCUAAAAUGACCUUUGACCUUGACUUUGACUUUGUGGCCUGGAAUUUGAGUCGUAUGAUUUGUGAUACUUGAUAACCCUUGGGUACAAGUUUCAUGGAAUUUGAACAUACACUUUAGAAAAUAGCUAAAAAUUCAAAAUAUUGAUGUUGAUGACACAAAAAAAAAGUCUAAGUUUGUUGACCAGAAAUGACCUUGACCUUGACUUUGUAACCUGAAAUUCUCCUCACAUGAUCGGGGAUACCGGUACUUGAUAACCCUUUAGUCCAAGUUUCAUUGGAACCGGAAAAGCGGCGCCUAUGUCUCGCUUUUUGCUAUGCAGGCGGGACAAAAAGCAUAUGAGUUUAACCUGUUCCUACUCUUUAAUGUUUGAUAUAUUUUGAUCUUAGGUAUAUGUUUUGUGAAGUUGAAUGAAGUAAAGUUUAUAUUUAUAUGAGCUGGGAAACUGUAUAGGGGUACACAAAAGAAGGACAAGUGCAAUAUGAAGAUAUCUUACUGUAAAUAGAAAUGGCAUUGUUCGUAUAAGAUUAUCAAUUUAACAUCCCAUUUCUAUGCAAUCUUUACAGGUUAAAAUCAAAUAUUACCAAUGUAAUUUUCUAUUUUUCAGCUUUGCAUAAGAUUUUAAUAAAUUAUAAGUAUAUAGAUUAGGUGUUUGACAAAUGUUUUCUCAUGGGCCAUUGGCCAUCAUUGUACACUGCUGGCUUGACCAAAAAUUGUUUUUAUGGAAGGGGGAAAAAAGGGGAAAAAAUUGUUUUAUAUUCCUCAAUUUUUCAUGUUUUCUCUUUGACUUGUAAAUACAUAAAUUAUGAAUAUUCAUAUUUGAAAGAAGUUUAUAUUGUAUGACUGAAAACUUUGAUUUGUUAAAACUGAAAAGGUUUUGAUAGAUUUAUAUUCUAUUCUCGAAUACAUGUAGGUCAUUCUCAUUUUAUCAUUAAUAUAUAAGAAAGAAGUUAACAAUUUUCUUGCAAAAGCAAGUAGUCUGUAACUUGCUGUAGAGAAACACAGCUAUUGAUGUUAAUGGAGAUAUAUAUGGUAUUUUGGGUUUAUUUGCUAUUCUCUUUCAUAUUUAUUCAACCUCAGGUCCGUUUGCCAUUUUGUGAUGUCUACUGUGUGUCUUAGGGUAGCUAAAUGUACUAGGAAUGAAAGUUUGUUCGCAGUAAUACCAAAUCAAUCGCAAGUUUGCAGUCCCCUUUGUACAAAGUUGCGAUGAAGUUACGUUUGAUAUCAACUCUUUAUAGGAUGGGCCCUGACAUAGCAAUGGCUGUUAUGUUUAUGAAAGAGACCUUUUUACUAAAUACUUUUUAAAUAAAAGAUUCUCAUGACAAUUACAAAGCUUGCCAGAGGCUUGUCAGAUACAGCAACAACUCUUGUAUAUAAAAAGGAUUCUGUCCAUAGAGACGCUAUUAUUCACAGGAGCUGGUUGAAAUGGCUGAUAUAGCCAGGGGUUACAGAAAGAGACAUGCAUAUAUCAAAAUACUUAUUUAGUAAACAAGUCUGUUGUAUGAGGUGGUUUGCAAAGAAACACAAGGUGAUAUCUGUGAACCAAGUUUAUACCUGAAAGGUACUAUGUCCCUUUUGCAGCCAACAUCAAAUUCUGUAGAACUUUGCAGGAAUUAUGAAUACUUUUAUGUCAUGUAUCUCCUAUCUGUGAAAUUUAAACAUUAGCAGUGUCCUUGUAUAUAAUGGCCAAAAUUAAACUGAUUGAAUGUUUUUGCAGCACAUAACAUACGACCAUUCAGUAAAAGGGUCUUAACAUCAGACUGUUACUUAGGUGAUUGCAAUAACUUAAGUCUAUUUUUGACAACUAGUGGUAGUUAUUUUCCCACUAAAAGCCAUUUUCAAGCCCUUUUGAAAUUAGUAUUGUCUUUCAAAUGCCGUUGAAAUUUAACCUUUGCAUUUGUUGGGCCUGCAAAUGGGACAUAAAACGGAGCCUAAAUAAUAUAUCAUGCACCUGUAUAAAAGAAAAUUUUAGAGACCCUAUCCAAUGAAAAUACAAAUUGAUAUCCAUGAAAAGCUGCAUGAACGUACAAAACAAAUAUAAAGGAAUAACAAAUAGUUUCCCUUUUAAUAUUGCACAAACAUAAAUCAAAACUUCAUUUCAUGCAUUUGUAUCCCGUUUAAACAAACAAAAUACAUAUUUUUUUAUUCAUUAAACAUUAUUUCUCUAAAAAACGGUUAAAAAAAAACUUUAUUAAAAAGCCGACCAUAGAUUUUAGGGUCGGUCGCACAGGGCAAUGCAACAUUUUUCGUUGACGCCUUAUGGGUCAACGGGGGUAAAAUUCGCAGCAGUUAUAGUGUCGACAUAACGUGGACUCGAUUGGCUUGCCUGUAUAACUGGGGCGAUGAGCUGUGCUUAAUUAAUGCCAAGUCAUUGUGAAUAUGCAUACUCCACAUUAGUGAUAUCUCAUUAAUUUGAUAGCUUAAUUUUAGGCAGACAACUUCUGAUUUUCAAAGCAUUAGAUUUUGAGUAUUCAGCGGGCUGUUAUUCUCCUCUGACAGACACUGACAUAGCAUUUAAUCAAUAUUAUUUUAAUCUAUUGCUUAUAAGCUUUCCUUUGAUAUGUAAUUCAUCUAUUUGAUUUUUCACUUCUGACAGGGUCUUUGAAAGAAAGUAUCUGAGCAGGAGCUGAAAACAUCCACAUCCAGUGCUUUUACUAUUAGUGUAGAUAAACUGUAUUGUAUGUGUCUGAAUAGGAGGUCCUUUAAAUUUCAAAAUAGCCUCACCAUUUUGUGCAAUGUUGAUGCAUAGCUUUUCCAUUUUCUUGGGAGUAGCAUUUUAUUAAGAAGACAUUUCUUGUAUUUUGAAUGUUUCAUUAUGUAAUUUGGGGGGUUUCUCAUGUGAUUUACUUUUAGAAUGCUUCUAGAAUAGAAUUAGAAUAGAAUUUAUUGACUCAUUCGACCCCCUUCUGGGGUAUGAGAGUACAUACUGACAAAUUUUCAACCAAAUUGUUUUUGCCAUCAGUUAUUGUCAGUGUUUUAUUUCACCUCUCUUCAACUUUCUAAGUCACUAACCUUCCUCUACUUUCUUCUCUUUUCUCCAUUUCCUUGCUUUCCUUCACUGUUCUCGUUCUUCUUCAUCUUUUCAGGGGUUUUUUCCUUCUGCCUCGAUGCUGUCUUUUUUUCUUUUUCUUCCUUUCUUUUUGUUUUUAUCUCCUUUUAUUUUGUUCUUUCUUCUUUUUGUAUUCUUUUCUUGAUAAUGAUUAUUAACAAAGUGAUAUUGCUUUAUACAGUGCCAUAAACAUCCUCAUGGAAUAACCCACCACUUUUUUGUUGUUUAUUGUCAACACUGUCAUAUCUUGAAAUGAUUUAUUACCAUCAAUUCCGCUCUUAUACUUGACUCUCAAAGUGUGUGAAAGAAAUUAUGUUUUAAAAAUGUACUCUGGUAUACAUAUUACAAUGUACGUUUCAUAACCAGUCUAUCGUGAAUAUGUAUGUGAUAUUUGUGCCUAAAUGUGGUAUGUAUACAACCAUAGAAACCUACCGUCCAUAUCAACCAAACACCCAACAAUCAUUAUCCAAGUGCUUUCAAUUUCUUAUGCAAAUGUACAACCAAAUCAAAUAUCUAAUUUUCACUACAUGUAUUAGUUAAAAUUAGAAAUAUCACUGUCUAUGAUGAAACAAUCUACAUGUACUAGAUUUUGCAUUCCAGUUUUACUCCAUCCAAAACAAAUAAUUCAGAAUAUGCAAAUAUUAUGUAAUAAAUGUCUGUUCUGUAACUGGUAGAUUGAUGUGAAAUUGUGAAUAAAUGUGCUAUACUUAGUGAGUUGAAGGUGUA